UUAUAUAUGCACCACUAUCACAUAUAUAUCACUCACUUUCACACUUUAUACCUCAUCAAAGAGCUAAGCACAAACGGUUACACAUUUCCAAAAUCCAAAUGACUACUUCCUUGAUUUUCUUCUGCUUUCUUCUCUCCGUCUCUGUCACAGCCACAGGUGUUGUUAAGGAUGGAAACGGGACACAACUCAUACUCGUAAACAACUGCAAGGAAAGUGUAUGGCCAGGAAUUCUCAGCAAUGAAGGACACCCUUCAAUCAAAGAUGGCGGAUUUCACCUCCCAAGCGGCGAAGAACUUGUUCUCCAACUCCCUAACCACUGGGCAGGAAGAAUCUGGGGAAGACAAGGCUGUUUCUUCCACGAAACAACCGGAAAAGGCACAUGUCAAACCGGAGACUGCGGAGGCCAAUUGAAAUGCAAGGGAAUUGGUGGUGUUCCUCCAGCUACACUUGUUGAAAUGACACUUGGAACCUCACAUUCACCUCUACAUUACUAUGAUGUUAGUUUAGUUGACGGUUUUAACCUUCCAAUGUCGAUGAAACCUAUUGGUGGGGGUGUUGGUUGUGGCAUUGCUACUUGUCAAGCUGAUUUGAAUGGUUGUUGUCCAUCUCAACUUGUUGUGAAGCAUAAUGGGAAAGUUGUGGGGUGUAAAAGUGCUUGUUUGGCUACAAAAUCAGAUAAGUAUUGUUGCACUGGUGAAUUUGCUGAUCCGAAAAUUUGCAAGCCAACUAUGUUUGCUCGUGUUUUUAAGAGUGUUUGUCCUCAUGCUUAUAGCUAUGCUUAUGAUGAUGCAACCGGGCUUAUGUCUUGUUUGGCAAAUCGUUAUGCCAUUACAUUUUGCCCUCCAUGAUGAUAUUUUUUGCAGCAGUCUUUUGUUCUUUGUUCUUCUGAUAUGACAUUUGUGACAAUUUUUGUUUUGGUUUUUGUAAUUUUUAAGGUUAGUGAUUCAUAGUACUAUGUCAUCUGGAAUUUUGAUUUUGUCAUGUAAGAAAGAUGUUUAAUUACUUCAA